GAAGAAAAAUGACUAAGAACCUUCAAAGGUCUCUCCAAGAUUACCUUUCCAGAAUCAAGAAGCCUAACGGCAACGGCGCACCUCCGGUUCAACUCCCUCACAAAUCGUCCUUCUCGGCCUCCAGAAGCUGGGUGCUCUCCCGGUGCAAGCACCCGAAGACGCGGUCGUUCGCCAUCGAUCGGGGCAGGAACGGAGUCGGUAGCAGCGACGGCGACGAUGGUGCGGCUACUCUUGACGACGUCGACCGCUUCCUCUUCGAGAAUUUCAAGUCGCUCUAUCUCCGAGACGACGAAGACAACGAUGGAGGAAGAGGAGGAGGAGGAGGAGUCGCUGCCACGUCGCGCGAGAAGGGCAAGGGAAAGGACGGGAAGGAACAUGGCGGGGGCGAGCAGGUUUUGUUCGAGUCGCCGAGGUUCGUCGGCCUGCCGGCGAACCUCUGCGGGUCGAACCGGUUCUUCGUGGCCCCCGGCUCGUCGAGCUCCCUAAUGGAGGAAGCCCGGAGCAGCUUGACCAUGUCGGAGGACGUGGCCUCUAGCUCCGCAUCCACCGCGACCAACGCGACUUCCUCGACCGCCACUACAACCACGACCGACGUCACCACCGAUAGUUCCCGCGAGAACGAGACGAAAGUCCAGCUCCCCGACGAUUGCAUCGCCGUCUUGACGCAUUCCACGAGCCCGUACGAGGAUUUCAAGCGUUCCAUGCAGGAAAUGAUGGAGGCUAGGCUCCAGGGCCAUGCAAAGGUGGAUUGGGACUUCAUGGAGGAGCUCCUGUUCUGCUACCUGAAUCUGAACGAGAAGAAGUCGUACAAGUACAUACUGAGCGCCUUCGUGGAUCUCAUGGUGAUUUUGCGUCGGGAUCGCGGCGGCGGGACUCCGCCGGCGAGGUCGCGGGACAAAGAGGGAAGGAAGAAAAUCAGGAGGAGAGAUGUGUAACGUCGAUCUAGGUCGAGUCGAAUUAAAAUUUUGCGGAGAUGACUUUGGGGGAACCGGCCAUAGGUGUUGAAUUCCACGGCUUCAUCACAUGCGAUGUACUCGUAUGGAGAAGGAUCUUAGGUUAAAAUAUGUGCUUAUUGUCUUGAGCUUUGUCUGUUUCUGGUUUUCGGUAAGAUUUAGGAGAUGGUUGCGAUGAUUUUGUCCGGGGGUUGUUCCCCAUUGCUCUGCCAAAAAUUGCCUUUGCACGUUCCAUAGUGUGUGGAUCUAAUUAAUCCACUAUAUAUUAUAUCCAGACCUUAGUAGCCUUGCAAAGACGGAAAAGGCGUGUCGCAAAAUGUGAUUUAUUUAGAAUGGUAU